ACAGACAGUGACCAAGAAGACAAGGUUUCCGAUGCCAGUUCAGAGAAAUUUUUCAGCACAGCUGCAAUUAAAGAGCUGCAGAGACCCUCAACCCCCUGAAAAUAGCCCCACAAGCCCAAGCUUGUCCCCCCAAACCCUUCCUUUGCCACAACCCCAGACCCUGUCCCCUCUUCGAACUCAAGCAAACAGUUCCAGCCAGGUUCCGGUUUCGACCCACCCGCUCCCUCCCUCAGAGGCUCCCCCCAGGCCUCAGACCCCUGCAGCCCUGCCUCUUCCCCAGGGCCAAGUGCCCUCGCCAAACCAUCUUCCCCGACCCCAACCGGACCAGCCUAUUCACAGCAGGCCUCAGCCUGCGCAGAGUCUUCACCCACACCCACCGUCUCCUGCGCUCCCUAAUCACCACCCACACCAACAGCACCCGACUCAGGCGGGGCCUCACCGGCCCCCGUCACGCUGCCAGCCCCGGCCUCUCUCUGCCUACAACGGCCACAGCAGCAGCAGGAGCAGCACCCCCAGCACCAAGCUCCACGGGCCUGCUCCCUCCCAGCACCUUCCCCACCACCCGCCUGCCGCCUCUACCUUCCCCCUGCCUCUGGCUGCCAACCACAGCAGCCCCGGCUUCCCCCCUGCCUUGCAGCCCUCGCCACAUCCCCAUCAUCCCAAUAUGUUUGCGACUCCAGCUGCAUUGCCUCCACCGCCACCACUGACGUCUAGCGCCUUGCCAGUACCUGGACAUCCUGCUGCUGGGAGUGCUUACUCUGAGCAAGACCUUCUGCGUCAGGAGCUCAACACACGUUUCCUGGCCUCCCAGAGCGCAGACCGCGGCGCCUCGCUGGGCCCGCCGCCCUACCUGCGCACCGAGUUCCACCAGCACCAGCACCAGCAUCAGCACCAACACACCCACCAGCACACGCACCAGCACACCUUCACGCCCUUCCCCCACGCCAUCAUGCCCACCCCAGCACCGCCCAUGGUGCGUACCCCUGCCAGAAAUUUUGACAAAUACCCAACAAAAGUUGACCCCUUCUACAGACACAGUCUCUUCCACUCAUACCCACCAGCCAUGUCUGGCCUUCCUCCUGUCAUCCCCCCGACCGGGCCCUUCAGCUCGCUGCAGGGGGCCUUCCAGCCCAAGACCUCCAACCCCCUGGAUGUUUCCAGCAGACCUGGAGCCAUCCCACAGACAUUUCUACAGAAGGACCCCCGGCUAACGGAUCCGUUUCGGCCCAUCCUCAGGAAACCAGGGAAGUGGUGUGCCAUGCACGUUCAUAUCGCCUGGCAGACGUACCACCACCAACAGAAAGUAAAGCAGCAGAUGCAGGUCGACCCUCACAAGCUAGACUUCGGCCUCAAGCCUGAGUUUCUUAGUCGACCUUCGGGCCCCAGCCUCUUUGGAGCCAUCCAUCAUCCCAGCGACUUGGCUCGGCCCGCCACGCUCUUCUCUGCUGCAGGUCCUACACACCCAUCAGCUGCUGCCUUUGGUCAUCCACCCCAUCAUCCUGGGAACUUCCUAACCCCAGCAUCACACUUGGAGCCUUUCGGUAGGCCGCCAUCAUUUGGAGGACUAGGAUCUCUCAGUUCGUCAGCUUUUGGGGGUCUAGGAAAUCCAGCACUCAAAUCCCUACCAGUGGCCAACUCUAUGUUUGGCCACAAAGAUGGCCCCAGUCCGCAGCAGCACUUCAGCAGCAGUGGGAACAGCAACCACCAGGAGCCGUGGAACCGCCUGCACCGCACGCCGCCCUCCUUCCCUACGCCGCCUCCCUGGCUGAAACCUGGAGACUCUGAGCGGAGCGCCUCCGUCAGCUCACAUGACCGAGACUCUGACAAACGGGACUCGUUGCUUGGUAAAGAUGACAAAGACAGGGAUUCUUUAGAAAAGCGUCAUCCAAGCCAUCCAUCCCCGGUUCCUGUACAUCCCGUCAACCUCCUGGGUCACAGCCGGCCCCCUGAGCACCACAGAAACCAGCUGCCGCCUUCAUCCGGAGAGCCUCAGAGGGACAAGGAGAACAAGGCCAAAGACCGGGAGAGGGAGCACUUGGACUCUUGGAAAGACAACGGAGCAGAUGACCACAAACUCAAAGACAGCCAGCACAGUGACAAGGACACGCCUGUCAUCCAUGAUGGCAGAGUGUCCGAGGACAAAGUGUCCAACAGGGGGACCACAUCACCUUACGUUCGUCAGACCAGUCUGGAGCGUCCCAACGGAGGCCUGAGCAGGGACAUCCUAGAGAAGAAAGCCGAGCUGUCGUACGAACAGCAGAAGAAGAAUAACGAGGUGAAGGUAAAGGAGGAGAAGAAGGAAGAGCAGGACGCAACCACAGAGAGACAAAGUGAGCCCCCACCACAGGCGUCCUCCACACCCACCCUCCCCCCUCCCUCCUCAAUGCCUCUGCCCAUGGGCAUGGCUGGUGUCCACCCCAUCAACAGCAUCAGCAGCUUAGAGAGAACUCGUGUCGUGGCCCCCUUCAUGGGUACGAGUCCCAUCGCCGGAGCGGAGAGGUUCCCCUACCCCGCCUUCCACUGGGACCCAAUGCGGGACCCCUACAGGGGUCUGGACAUUCACAGACGGGAUCCUUUGGCCAGGGACCUGCUGCUAAGGAACGAUCCUCUGCACCGGCUGGCGGUGCCGCGCCUCUAUGAGGUGGAGCGCUCCUACAGGGACCGCGAGCCCCACGACUUUAACCGUGACCACGCCCACUCUCUGGUGAUGGAGCAGAGGAGGGAGCAGGAGCGGGCCCAGAUGGAGGAGCGAGAGCGCCUCAACAUGCUCAGAGAGGACUACGAGCACGGGCGCCUCCACCCCCCCAUGCAUCAUCCCGCCCUGGAUGGCCACCUCCCCCACCCUGCCCCGGGCCUCAUGGCCCCUGGACUCCCGGGCAUGCACUACUCCAGGGUGAGCCCCUCGGCGGCAGCAGCUGCUGCAGCUGCUCAUCACAACAGCCUCCUGAACAAAACACCCCCCACGGCGUCUUUAAGCGCUCCCCCCCCUCUCAUCCCCACACUGGGUGCCCGACCUGGCUCGCCCAGACGGACUACACCCCUGGCCACAGAUAUCAGAGACAGAGCGGCACACAAAGACAUCGAGGCUCGGUGAGCUGAGCCCCCCCCCACCCCCCCAGUCCUGUGCCUCACCAACAUUUAACUCACACCAAGCACUUAGCUUUGGACAAAGCAAGACUGUAACAUAGCUGUGAAUAAUUUAUGUGGGCAGAUGAAAGCCCAAAAUUGUUUUUGUAUAAAACUAUAAAGAAGACACCCCC